AUGCCUCCCAAAAAUUCCAACGGCGCCUCCGGCGCGGUGAGCCACCGAUUACGCAGCUUCUUUCGCAUCAACAGCCAGGCCGGCGACAAGGACAAGAAUGCCGCGCCCUCAGGCGCCUCCUCCGCCGGCACCACCAUCAACACGGGCGCCGCCGGCGACCACAUGGCCAGCCCCAAGCCCUCGCGCCACACAAAGUUCUUCAGUAAUACUGUCGGCCGACUUCGCGCACACACUGUCGCUAGCGAGGGUAACCAGCUCGAUGAGGCCAUGAGCCCAACAGCCCACGCCAAUCCCUACUUUGUCCACCAGGGCCAGCCCGGCCUCCGCCACCACAACGACGGCUCCGUGCCCCCCAGCCCGCCCGAUACCCCGGCCCUACAUGUCUCCGGCCUCGACGGCAACCCCGGCGAGCACACAACCACCGAGACCAAGGAGGAGCUUGCCCGCAGGCUGCGACGAGUUGCCAGCGCCCCCAAUGCCCAGGGCAUGUUUGUCAAUGAUGCCGACAAUGUCCUUGGCAUCGCAGGCAACCGCCCGGGCACCGCCGAGCUCGGCAAGGAUCCCGUCUUUCAGAGUCCCGGCUCCGGCAACGUUGGCCUCAUCAGCUCUGCGUCUGCCAUCGCCAAAGCUCAUGCCGCUGGGCUGCAGGACACUGAUACCCUCGGCGCUCUCCCCCCUCCCAAGGCUACCAAUGCCACCUUCCGCCGAACAUACAGCUCCAAUUCCAUCAAAAUCCGCAAUGUGGAGGUAAAUCCCUCUAGCUUUGACAAGAUCAAGCUUAUUGGAAAGGGAGAUGUCGGCAAGGUCUAUCUUGUCCGCGAGAAGAAGAGUAAUCGUCUAUACGCAAUGAAGGUCUUGAGCAAGAAGGAAAUGAUCAAGCGCAAUAAAAUCAAGAGGGCUCUCGCCGAGCAAGAAAUUCUGGCCACGAGUAACCACCCUUUUAUUGUCACGCUUUACCACUCGUUCCAAUCUGAGGACCAUCUCUAUCUAUGCAUGGAGUACUGCAGCGGUGGCGAAUUCUUCCGUGCCCUGCAGACGCGCCCCGGAAAGUGCAUUCCCGAAGAAGAUGCACGCUUCUACGCUGCCGAAGUCACGGCAGCUCUCGAGUAUUUGCAUCUAAUGGGCUUCAUCUACAGAGAUCUCAAGCCUGAAAAUAUUCUUCUGCAUCAAUCUGGACACAUUAUGCUUUCGGAUUUCGACUUGUCAAAACAAUCCGAUCUCGGCGGCAAACCAACCAUGAUUGUUGGCAAAAAUGGAGCGCGAACCGACGCCCUCCCCACCAUCGACACCAGAUCGUGCAUCGCCAAUUUCCGCACCAACUCCUUCGUCGGCACCGAGGAGUACAUUGCGCCAGAAGUUAUUAAGGGUAGCGGGCAUACAAGUGCCGUCGACUGGUGGACACUGGGCAUUCUCAUCUACGAAAUGCUCUACGGCACAACCCCUUUCAAGGGCAAGAACCGCAAUGCGACUUUUGCCAACAUUCUCCGCGAGGACAUACCCUUCCCCGACCACGCUGGUGCUCCGCAGAUUUCAAAUCUCUGCAAAUCUCUUAUUCGAAAGCUUCUGACCAAAGAUGAGAACCGACGACUAGGCGCCAGGGCAGGCGCUUCCGAUAUCAAAGUCCACCCCUUCUUCCGCACCACGCAAUGGGCUCUUAUUCGCCACAUGAAGCCCCCCAUUGUUCCUCAUGCUGGCCGCGGCAUCGAUACUGUCAAUUUCCGAAACGUAAAGGAGAGCGAAAGCGUCGAUAUCAGCGGCUCCAGGAUGCCAGGGGUCCCCCUGGACAGUGGACUUUCCACCCCGGGCAACGAAAUCGCGGACCCGUUCCUCGAGUUCAAUAGCGUCACUUUGCACCAUGACGGCGACGACCACGGCCAUCAUGAGCACCACACCUACCACACCGGCAUCGAAACCUAG